AUGCUUGGAUUGCAUUUUGGCACAGUUCUUCUGAUUUUUUCCCUUUUUGUCAUUGAUACUUUUGCUCAAGAUGAGCCGGCAUCAAAAGAAAUAACCAACGAGGAACUCUCUGAUGUUGACGACACGGUGAUGUAUGUUAAUUAUUUAUUUUGGAUGCAACUCGAAAAGAAAAGCCCAAUGGAUCGGUCAGCCAUGGUUCGAUUUGGAAGAUCUCCUAUGGAUCGCUCAGCAAUGGUCAGAUUUGGAAGAUCGCCAAUCGAUAGAUCUUCCAUGAUACGUCUAGGUAAGAGAAGCCCAAUGGACCGGUCAGCAAUGGUUCGAUUUGGCAAGCGUUCACCAAUGGAUCGAUCAGCUAUGGUUCGCUUUGGCCGCUCGUCAUUUGAUCGCUCGUCGAUGAUUCGAUUUGGAAAACGCUCACCAAUGGAUCGUUCAUCGAUGGUUAGAUUUGGAAAACGUUCCCCGAUGGAUCGUUCAAGCAUGGUUCGCUUCGGAAAGCGCAGCACUGAUGAUUUCCAACCGGACGAACAAUGA